AUGGAUCUCCGAAGAAGAGCCGUUCUCGGCGUGAAUAGACUUCGAGUGCUUCUGAUGCUCUUCCAUACAAUGGCUCGAAUCAUGGCAGAACAAGAAGUGGAGAAUCUCUCAGGCCUUUCCACUAACCCUGAAAAAGAUAUAUUUGUGGUGCGGGAAAAUGGGACGACGUGUCUCAUGGCAGAGUUUGCAGCCAAAUUUAUUGUCCCUUAUGAUGUGUGGGCCAGCAAUUAUGUAGAUGAAAGUCACAACACGUCGGAGGGACCCGAGGCGACGUGGAGGCUAAGCAAGGUCCAGUUUGUCUAUGACUCCUCGGAGAAGACCCAUUUUAAAGACGCGAUCAGUGCCGGGAAGCACACAGCCAACUCGCAUCAUCUCUCUGCCUUGGUCACGCCAGCUGGAAAGUCCUAUGAAUGUCAAGCUCAGCAGACCAUUUCACUAGCCUCCAGUGAUCCACAGAAGACAGUCACCAUGAUCCUGUCUGCGGUCCACAUCCAGCCCUUUGACAUCAUCUCUGAUUUUGUCUUCAGUGAAGAGCAUAAAUGCCCAGUGGAUGAGCGGGAGCAGUUGGAGGAAACCUUGCCCCUGAUUUUGGGGCUCAUCUUGGGCCUCGUCAUUGUGGUAACGCUGGUAAUUUACCAUCUCCACCACAAAAUGACUGCCAACCAGGUCCAGAUCCCUAGGGACCGAUCCCAAUAUAAGCACAUGGGCUAG